UAUCUCCUAGACGUCCUGCCUUAAACUACCGCGAAAGGGAGGGAAGAGCGGAAGCAUGUCCAACCCGGAGAAGGGGAUCUUAUCCCGCCCCUCGGCCCCCCUGGCUGCAGCACCCGGGGAAGAGCCCGGCUCCGGCAGCCGCCCGCUCCACUCCCAUGGCCAGAGCGGCGGAGGUGGAGGCAGCGGCGGGUCUCCUCCUCCUCCUCCCCCCGCUCCCGGAGGCGGCUCGGCUGCCUGCAGCUCCCUCUCUCUCCUCCUAACAACCACCAGCAGCAGCAGCGGGAGCCGCGCUGCAGGGACAGCCUCCUCCGCCGCCUCCGCCAGCAUCGUCCCCAGAGCGGCAGCGGCUCCUUUUCUCGCUCCAAUCCCCUCCUUUUCCUCCGCUUCUCCAUCUUCUUUUUACUUCUUGCCGCCGCCUCCUCGUUUCCCCUCCUCGUCUUCCUUUAACCUCCCAAGUCUCCAAGGGAGGGAAGGAGGAGGAGAGGCAGCGAGAGCGGCAGCAGGAGGAGGAGGAGGAGGAGGAGGAAGAGAUGUUGGCGGAGCAGCAGCAGCAGCUCACUUGAUCGCCCAUCCAGGCGGCAGCGGCAGGAGGAGACUCUUCUGUUCUUCCUCCAUCCAGGGCUUGCUGCUCCGUUCCGCAGCCGGCGGCCCCCGGCAGCACCACUCCCGGCUCCUCCUCUCCCCAGCCGCCUCUCGCCCGUGGUCCUGCAAUUCCCCCGGUGCUGCAGCAGCCCGCGGCGACGGGAUCCGAGGAGGCGACGGCCCCGGCGGGAGCAGGACUCCUAGGCGGCAGCAGCGGCAGAGAGGCGCCUUCUUCUCCUUCCCGGCUCCCCUGCUCCUAGGGCCAGACAUGGAAGAUGGAUCUAAUUCUGCAAGCUGCUUUAGGAGGUUUACGGACUGUUUCUUGAACACAAGUUUAACAGAUGAAAAAGUGAAGGCCUAUCUUUCUCUUCACCCCCAGGUACUGGAUGAAUUUGUGUCGGAAAGUGUAAGUGCAGAAACUGUGGAAAAAUGGCUAAAAAGGAAAAAUAACAGACAAGAAGAUGAAUCAACUCCUAAAGAAGUCAGCAGGUACCAGGAUACGAAUAUGCAAGGUGUAGUGUACGAAUUGAACAGCUAUAUAGAACAGCGCCUGGAUACAGGAGGAGAUAACCAACUACUUCUGUAUGAACUGAGCAGCAUCAUUAAAAUAGCUACAAAAGCUGAUGGAUUUGCACUAUAUUUCCUGGGAGAAUGCAAUAAUAGUCUGUGUGUAUUUACACCACCAGGAGCUAAAGAAGGACAACCACGGCUCAUUCCUGCAGGGCCCAUUGCACAUGGCACUACAGUAUCUGCUUAUGUAGCCAGAUCCAGAAAAACGUUGUUAGUAGAAGAUAUUCUGGGGGAUGAGCGAUUUCCGAAAGGUACUGGACUGGAAUCAGGGACUCGUAUCCAAUCUGUUCUGUGUUUGCCAAUUGUCACUGCAAUUGGUGAUCUGAUUGGUAUCCUGGAGCUUUACCGUCACUGGGGCAAAGAAGCCUUCCACCUUAGUCACCAAGAGGUUGCAACAGCAAAUCUUGCAUGGGCUUCAGUAGCAAUACAUCAAGUACAAGUGUGCCGAGGUCUUGCCAAGCAGACUGAACUGAAUGACUUCUUGCUUGAUGUAUCAAAAACGUAUUUUGAUAAUAUAGUUGCAAUAGAUUCUCUACUUGAACAUAUAAUGAUAUAUGCAAAAAACCUGGUGAAUGCAGAUAGGUGUGCACUCUUCCAGGUUGACCACAAAAAUAAGGAACUGUAUUCAGAUCUUUUUGAUAUUGGAGAAGAAAAUGAUGGGAAACCUGUCUUCAAGAAGACCAAAGAAAUAAGAUUUUCUAUAGAAAAAGGAAUAGCUGGUCAAGUGGCAAGAACAGGAGAAGUCCUUAACAUCCCCGAUGCCUAUGCAGAUCCACGCUUUAACAGAGAAGUAGACCUCUACACAGGCUACACAACCAGAAAUAUCCUGUGCAUGCCUAUUGUAAGCCGAGGAAGUGUAAUAGGUGUUGUGCAGAUGGUGAACAAAAUAAGUGGAAGUGCCUUCUCUAAAACUGAUGAGAACAACUUUAAAAUGUUUGCAGUCUUUUGCGCUUUAGCCUUACACUGUGCUAAUAUGUACCACAGAAUUCGCCAUUCAGAGUGUAUUUACCGUGUAACAAUGGAGAAGCUAUCUUACCACAGUGUUUGUACAGCAGAAGAGUGGCAAAACCUCAUGCACUGUACACUGCCUCCACAUAUUUAUAAAGAAAUUGAACUAUACCACUUUGAUAUCAGUCCAUAUGAGGAUGUCUGGCCUGCCAUUUUUGUCUACAUGGUUCACCAGUCCUGUGGGACAGCCUGCUUUGAACUUGAAAAGCUAUGCCGAUUUACUAUGUCUGUAAAGAAGAAUUAUCGCCGUGUGCCCUACCACAACUGGAAGCAUGCAGUUACAGUUGCACAUUGCAUGUAUGCCAUACUUCAGAACAACCAGGGGCUUUUCACUGAUCUAGAGCGAAAAGGUCUUUUAGUUGCAUGCCUGUGUCAUGACCUGGAUCACAGAGGUUACAGCAACAGCUAUCUUCAGAAAUUUGAUCACCCCUUAGCUGCUCUCUAUUCCACUUCAACAAUGGAACAGCACCACUUCUCGCAGACUGUGUCCAUCCUGCAGCUGGAAGGGCACAAUGUCUUCUCCAAUCUGAGCUCCAGCGAAUAUGAGCAAGUCCUUGAGAUCAUCCGGAAAGCCAUCAUUGCCACAGACCUUGCCCUGUAUUUUGGAAAUAGAAAACAGCUUGAAGAGCUGCAUCAGACGGGAGCAUUAAACCUUAAGAACCAAGCACACAGAGAUAGAGUGAUUGGUCUGAUGAUGACGGCUUGUGAUUUGUGUUCUGUAACAAAGUUGUGGCCAGUUACGAGACUGACAGCCAAUGACAUAUAUGCAGAGUUUUGGGCUGAGGGUGAUGAAAUGAAGAAAACGGGUAUUCAACCUAUUCCUAUGAUGGACAGAGACAAGAAAGAUGAAGUCCCUCAGGGUCAGAUUGGGUUCUACAAUGCUGUAGCCAUCCCAUGUUACACCACACUUGCACAGAUCUUUCCUCCAACUGGGCCACUACUCCGAGCAUGCAGGGACAAUCUCAGCCAAUGGGAGAAAGUAACAAGAGGUGAGGAAGCCUCUAUAUGGAUUCCCUCCCAGUCCCUUGCUCCUGGGACUUCAGACUCACUUCCUGUGAAGAUUGAUGACUGAACAGCAGCAACAGAUUGCUUUAACCCAAAAAGCAUCCCUUCUUGUUUUGGGCGUUGUUUUUUUGUUUUGUUUUAUUUUUAUUUCACAAAAAAAAAAAAAAAAAAAAAAAAAAAAAAAAAAAAGGAGGAAAAAAGAAAAACUACAAAAUGCUGACUAAGAAGCAAAUCUGCCUAGAAAGGUAACAACCAUGGAGUCACCUCAGCUAAAUGACUCUGGCAGCCAAUCUCCUCACCUACACCAGUGACACAACGUGAACAGAGGGAAAAUGACAACCCAGAUGUUUUGGAGUCAGCUAUCAAGAGAACUUACGACUUGUGGAUAUAAAAGACUGGCCUUAUCUCACGGGCUACAUUGCUGAGGCCUUAAUUUAAAGCUGGUGAGGGGGGGGAAAAAUCUUAGGGGGUACUUCUAAAUUGUAUCUUUCUAGUAAGGGUUUCAAUGGUACUUUUAUUAUACCUUACUGUGGCUGGCUUUAACACCAGUGUCACUUGGGAGUUCUUGGCUAUAAAUAGAACAAUUAUAUCCAUUGCUAUUGUGAAUGUCUAUGUGUGAUCUACUUGUAAUCAGUUUGAACUCCAGCAGAAUCCUUGGAGACUAUAAUUCAUGCUUAGGUUACAGUGAAUUCUCUUGCUGCAAACUAAAGGAAAACUAACAUUCAGGUUAAAGUUUUAAAGUAUUUCAUUAAGCAUCGUGAUGCAAAAUUGUCUGUCACUCACAAAGCAAAUAUUGAAAGAACUAGUGAUGGUGCUUUGUUCUUCAGAAUGAUUUAUAAACCUAGACAACUCCUCCCUUAAAACACUGGAAGUAUUGAGUAUUUAUCUCUGAUAUGAGAGAGAAUUUCAGGUUGGAGUUUUUGUAUCCAUAGUGGCAGAAGUAUCAGAUUAAAAUUUAAAUGUGACAGCAAAGAUUUCCUUACCUAUCUCACAAUUAAGUAAAGUCAUCAUUUUUAUUUCUACCCACUGAGUUGCAUUUUAAAAGGUAUUAGACACAUACCUGAAGUAUGCUAUCUGCUGGGAACGAAAGCCUUGUCAGAAAAGUCAGGUCUGAUAAGAGCAACUGUGGCAUCAUCACAAUAAAUCAAAAAUGGUUUUGUAUUGACUAGCUUUUGUUUUGCACAGUAACACUGCAUGUCUUCUACUGCUCUUUUCCCCCUUUCCAAAUGAGUGAAAUGAGGAAACUUCAACAUUUGUCUGUUUGCUUUUUUCCCCUAGUUCAGCAAAAUUUCCAGGCUUAGAACUGCCUUUUUUAGUGAAAGAAUAGCUGACUGAAGAAAAGUACCCUAAAACAUUGUGUUUACAGUUCUGUGCUGACUUAGGCUUCAGCCUUACAAACUUAUGCUCAGACUUUUAAGACCUUACAUUUAAUGCCACUCUUUUAAAUAUAGUACAAUUGUAUAGAGUAUGUUUCAACAACAAUUAAUUUGCCUUCGUCUUUCUCUUUAAAAAUAACGAGAAAAAAAAUCUUCAUAUUGAUCUCUAUUGACUGUGUGAAAACACAAGUCUUUGCAUACUAUUCACAUACAGCCUAUACUGCAUUAUAUGCUUUUUCACAGAUAAUACACUCUUGUAGUGGUUCCAUGAGAACAUGGCCAUUUAUGUAACUGCAACAAAUAAUAGUAGUGACUUAAAGACAGAACACAGGUUCUCUUUUUCCAUCUCAUGUCUGUUGAGCUGUAUUUCUCUAAUAAGCAUGCCAUCUUAUGGGUUUCAUGUAAAUGACUUGGACUCUUGAGUUUUGCCUUCUGUUAUGGUCGAGCACAUGCCAGUAUCUGUACAUGUGUACACUAUGUGAUACAUAAUUGCAUAAUGUAUAAAUGCACCUAAGCCUUUGCAGUCCGUAGAUAUCUCAGAGGUUGAGAAUUCAAUAUGAAGUUAUCUUAUUUGUAUGAUACAGGUUACCUAACAGCAGCCCCAUAAAUUUUUCAGUUUGCUUUACCAAUUCUAAGUGCAGAAAUUCGUUAAUCACAGCAAACUAUUUUGGAAUUAUUAAAAAAAAAAAAAAAAAAAAAAAACAAAACAAAACAAACCAAAAACAAAACAACACAACAAAAAAAAAAAACAGCAAACAAACAAACAAAAAACAAACCAGGAGAAAAUUACAUCCAAAGUAAAAUGAAUAGUAUCUCAUGCUGUGUCUUCUGCUUUACUCCUUAGCAGUUCUGUUUUAACUAAAUCAUGCAGAUGCAACCUUUCAUCCGCUAACUACUUGAAACACAAUCCAUGAUUCCUAAUUUACAUGGAAAUUAUCCAAAUCUGUGGUGACUGCAAAAUUACUCCCUGAAAUUCAAAUAUCCCUACAACUGUAUGGAAUGUUUUUCCUUCAUGGGUUAAGCAUAUUUGCUGUUAUUCUUCCUCUUUGAAUGCUGAUCUUACAAGUGUUACAAAAGUAUUCCUUAUCACACUGCGUCUGUGUGAUAAGCUUUUAAUUCAUCUUUUACUCAUUGACAGUGAAGACAACUUAACUAGUUCUGUUACUUGCCAUUCAAAAUAUGUGGCAGUAUCACAUAAUAUUUUAUGUUUUGAAGUUUAUGUGUACUGAUACAGAACAUGUUUCCCUAGCAAAUCUGUCAAAUUAGCAGUAAGUUGUUCUAGCAAUAUCUCCGGUCCAUAAGCUAUUGUUUCAAAUAUAGAACUAUCCAAACCACAUAAAAUAUGUUUGCUAUAGUAUAAUAUUGAUUAGAAUUAAAAAUUUUGGCUCUAGUGGUCGUGGUUUGCCUUGUUUUCCUGGUGUGUAAAAGGAGAAAUGUCAUGACAAAAUGUUACUCUUUGUUAGGACUUGGACCAACAAAAAUAGCCACAAUGGGCUGUAUUUUCUAAGUAAAUUUUGUCUGUCUCAGUAUUUACGGGAUAAAAAUUCAGAUGUGUACAUUUUUUGUAAAAACAAACUUCUACCCACGCUUCCAAAGUCAAAGUCACCAAAAAUUAAAACUUUGAAGCUGCAUUUGAAGUUCCUGACUCAAGUACAUGUUGAGAUUUAAUUGUUCCAAAUUCUGGACUUGGACUCACAAAUAGAGUAAGACAUCUAGAGCUGUAAGACAUCUGGCUCAUUAAGUUAAACUGCCAAAAGACAUUCUUCCUUGCAUUUUUUUCCUGCUAAAACUGAUCUUGUCAAAGAUCAGUAAUAAUGUAUAACACCACUAACAGUUCUCUCCAUUUCUGGAAGCGUUAGACUUUAAACUCCCAGACCUGCAUUAUUUUUGUUAAUAAUUCCAAUUGCUUUUCCCUUCUAAGACCACUAAAGGUAAAAGGACUGUUUGAAGCCAUAUCUGAGCAUUUUUAAUGUAUUAUGAAAUGGUGCCUGAAAGGUAUGCACUGAGAAAAAUAGUUGACAUAGCAUGAUACUCAUUUGAGAUGCUGCAUUUUAUUACAGCACUGACAGAAACUCCAUUGUUAUAAUUAACCUGUGAAUUUUGUACAGUAGUGCAACAUUCUCCUGUAAUGGUUCAACUCAUGGCAGUAUUUUUUUUUUUUUUUAAAGUGACCAUUAAGAGAAAUUCUAUAAGUUUUUGUACUUGGAGUAUAUGAUAAAACAUAUUUACACUGGAGGGGACAUGCAGUGUGGCACUCAUCUUUUUAUGUGGCACAGACUUCUUUCAUGUGUUUAAACUUAGAACAGUGUGAUCAGUUUGCUGUGAUUGCAUUUAGAGCAUUUAGUGUUAAUUUGUAGGGAUAGCAAAUAGCACUAUACGUGUUAAAAAAUAGAGAUUGUUAGAUGCUCAAAACAAUUAUGACCCUCUUGAAAUAAUGCAUUUGCUUCAAACACUGUGAUAUAGGAACGGUUCUGUGAAAUGGAACAAUUAACUUGUUCAUUCUAAACACAGAAAAGGCUUUCUGCACACUACUACAAGGAAGUUCGUGUUCAAACUUUAGGUUAUAUAUCCCAAUCUAGCAAAGGCACAUCAUAACUCUUGUUUUGCUUUCUGACCAAAAACUGUGCUCGAUUGUAAUACGGGUGUAUACUCUGUCAAAAAACCUAAAAUAACAGACUGCUUUCUAGGGUUGAUCAAACUGAUUUGUAGAGUAGAUACAUAUAUAUUCAAAAUUCAGGUUGGGCUGUUAUGUGAAGAAGAAAGAACUUCAAGGUAACAACAUUCAACUUUACUACAUUUAGUGAGCUGAAAAAUUUGUUUUAUAUAUAUAUAUAUUUACACACAUAUAUAUAUAUAUGAUACAUAUAAACUAUCUUUGUAAAAAAAAACAAAAAUAUGCAAGUGCAAUAAUUUAAACAGGUCUUAACUUUGCAUUUAUAAAUUAUAAAUACUGUACAUGGUGUGUAAUUUUUUUCAUGUAUUCAUUUGCAGUCUUUGUAUUUAAAAAACAAACCUAAACCUUUACUAUUACGUUUGUACAAUAGAACAGUAAGCAUUUAUUAUGAUAGUUAAGUUGUAAAUAAAUUCACAAACCAGCCAGUACAUAUGCAUAUAUGGGUGUCCUAUUGUGAAACCUGUUUUUGCUUUUACUGCUGGCUUUAGCACAGCAAGACUACUUCUGUGGAUAUGUAAUUAUACAUAUAAAUAUAUGUAUGAUACAUAAAAUAUAUUUAGAAAUGUUCAUAAUUUUAAUGGAUAUAUCUAUACAUAUACUUUGGUGUGAAUAUUACUGAAUACAGAGUUUUUUAAUAUUAUUUUUCAUGUUUAUUUUUGCUAUUAUUGGGAAUGGAAGUGAGGGAUGGGAAGUGUGUGUGCAUAUAUUUAUGUGUUUAUACCACAAGUAAACCAUAGAAGGAAGGGAUUCAAAACAUAACGGAGUCCUUUAAAAAGGGCAGUGUCUGUUUUUCCCUGUAAUUGCAGUUUACUGCUUAUGAUGUUUUUUCCCAAUAUAAGUUCAUUCUAUUUUAAAAGGAAUAAAACAUAUUUUAUCACCUAUUUCAAGUUCAAAUUAGCACGAACUGCAAAGGGAUCCACUUUCCCAUUUGCCCUCCUGCUGCCACAGCACUUACCUUGCUGUUGACAGACUUCCACACAGAUCAUUGCUUUGCCACUGUCAAACAGCAGUGCAGCUAAUGCAGAAUUGUUUGUUAUGCCUUGGGAAUUAUGGAGAUACUGAGAUGCUGAACUGUCAAAAAAUAGUCCCUCACCCAAAUUUUUAAGGUUUGCUAGUACAAAAUGAUAAAGGGCUUUGACAGCUGCCAAUACCCUGAAAAUAUAGACUAGGUUCAGGGAACUGUAAAGCAAAAUUCUGAACAACACAUUGGCAGUUAUUUAUAAAACAGGUGAAAAAAAUCCUAUUUAUCUAUCUAAUACAUUGCUUUGCUUCAAAGAUCUCUUGCACUGCUCAUGCUCAGUAAACAGGGUUUUCGCCUUUUAUAGACCUCAAA